AUGUAUGUAAAGUGCUUAAUGUUGAUGCUGUUAUCGUGUCACAUAUCGUUUAGUUAUGAAAAUGAAAGAGAUGCUAAGCUGUUAAGUUUUGAAAAAUAUCCAAUGAAAGUUGCGUACGUAAAUGCACCAGGUGGACAGCAACAGUAUCAAUAUGGAAAACUGUUGAAAGUGAAAAGUGUCAAUGACCAAAAUAGUCGAAAAUUUAAGCGUGCUAAUUCGGAUAAUGUUAAAGGAGAGUUGACUGCUCAAUCAAGGAAGGAUAUCUUUAAUAUUCAGCGUCCAAAAUUUCAUGGAAGGGAUCGACCUAGUGCUGAGGCUUUGACUGGCAACAACUCAACAGAAUUUGGACGUAAAUUAUCGAAUUUUAGUGCCAAAUCUUCAGAACUAAGCCAAGAAUCGUCAGAAUAUCCACAAAAUCCUUUAGAGUUCCCUAAAAAUUCGCAACAAUCCUCAGAAUCCCAAAAUCCUCAAAAAUCACUAUCCCAUACCCCAAAACGUAAUCCAGACAAAGCAUCACAACGAAAUGACGUUUACUCAAAGCCAUCACGAAAAAACAAACCCAAAAAGAAAUCCCAGCACUUAUCAAAGUCAAACGCUGUCGAGGAUAUACCGCCUUACGUUCCAGACAACUCACCUUUUUAUCCUCUCAUGAAGCCGUCACCGAUUAAUGUAAUGCCAACCCAACCACCAUCAUUUGAUGCUGUCCGGAAUUACGUGCAAUAUCUCAAAAUGAGACAACAGAAAUUUUUCUCAGAAUUUGAAAAUGACAAGGAACCAGUGGCUGAAUUAAAAUCACAACAGCCGUACGAAGGUGAAAUUGAUUACUUUAAAGAGAGAGAACAAGAGCUAGCACACGAAGCUCAAUUUUCUCCAGUCAAUUACAUCAAAAAUGUACAAUCAAGUGAAGAUACAGAGGAACUGCCUUAUACAGAUGAGUCGAGUAGUAAUGAAAGUGAAGCAAUAACAAACAAUGAAGAAAAUGCCAAUAUCCAUCGUGUUGAUAAUGAUGAUUAUGCUGCUAAUAGUGACGACUAUAAUGACAGUAAUUACGCUGAUUAUGCAGAUGAGACUAUCGAGGAGGAUGAAAGUGAUGGCGAUGAGUCUAGAAAGAAAGAAAAUUUCGUACCAUUUAGAUUAUAUGCACAAGUACGUCAUGUUGAGGCAGAUCAUCACGAGAAACCAUCUAAAUCGAAUAUCAAAGAGAAAGUCUCACUGUCCAAGAAGAAUGUUUAUUACAAGGAGGAAGGAUAUGAAGAUAAAAAUUAUGAUCAUGGUGCUGAAAAGAUUGAUUACGAUAAGAGAAAUAAGCAACAUAAGAGGCGUGGAAAGAGAUCAACGGAUGGUGAUGUUGAUGUCUCGCAAUUACCUGUUGCACUUGCAUACUUUAAGAAGUCAGAGAUUCCGCAAUUGACUGGCGAGAAGUUGUUUAAGCAUUUAGAUGAGUUGAUUAAAAAUUCAUCGAUUUAUUUGCCAGACGAGGAUGAUGUUAGACCUGUCAAAUUCGGUCCAAUCAGGCCAUCUAUCAAGUAUCCAAAUUACAGCAUCUUUCCAGGAACAAUUCGGCCACAAUUGACAGCAGAUCGAUACUCCGAAAAUUAUCCAAAACUUAAAAAUUCACUUUAUGCAUCUAAAAAUGUCAAGGAAUGCGAUGAAAUCGAAGAUGACAUAAAUCCAGUUCCAAGUGACAUCGAGGAAGAGGACAAGCCAACAAAAUACAAUAAAUCACCUAAAAGACUGAACAAACUUGGCGAUAAAAUCCAGUGCUAUAGAGAAAAAUAUUUUGGUAAAGAUCCAUUCGAUAAUCCACUAUUCAAAGAGGAUGAAUAUGUCGAAGCAGCUAUUCCCAUUCCUGUUAAUCACAUUGCACAUCAAGCUAAUCCUUUGAUAACAGUUUAUGAUGAUGUGAUUAAUAACAUUCGAUCGGGAAUUUUAAAUGAUUAUAAGAAGAAAAGGGAAGCUGAGGAUAUACAAAAGAAUCCAUCUGAGCAGGUCUUGGCUAGAACUAGAAAGGCACAGAUUCCUAAUUACAGCUCAGUUUCUGGAAUUUCCAAUUUGCCAAUUUUUGACAUUAACACAUUUUUACCAAAAUUUAGAGGUACUUUUAGUAAAUUUUCUGAAGAAGUUGAAAAUAGUAAGGAACAAGAACCCACAACAGUCCGAAAUAACCACAGCAAUCAGUCCCUUGAAGACCAACAGCUAGAUCCACCUAAUCCAAUAGAAAAACCCAAAGUAAAACGAAAUAACAUCAAUAAGAAGAAAAAGAAGGCAAGCAUACAGCUGAACCAGCUUGAAUCACCUCCUAAACUGAUAUCCACUGUGAUUCAGCCAGCUAAAAUAGUUAAAAACCAAAAAUAUCGUAGAUUUAUCUCACCAAACACAUUUGCACAUCCAACGAAGCACAUUACAACAUUCUAUCCACAUCAACAGCCACAACAAAUAGUUCAUUCGAAUGGUAAAAGCACUUAUCGCUUUAAUUUUCUGUAA